CUACUCCCCGGCCGAGGGGCGGCGGCCGCGCAGGCUCCGCCGGACGGACACGCGGACGGAGCGGGCGCCGAGGGACGGGCGCACGGCCAGGCCAUGCCCGGGGAGGCCGCGCGCGCUGAACCGCUGCUGCCGGAGGCGGGCGGGCCGGGCCCCCAAACAGAGUCGUCCUGUGAUGUGGCCGCAGCCACCACCCCAAGAGGGGACCGGCUGGAGCACUGUGCCCUGACCCCCGGACCCAGCGCCCUGGCCCUGGAGUUUCUGCCCAGCAAGCCGGGUACCCGGCCCCCGCCAGAGGGAGCCAGCUGGGAUGCAGGGCCGAGCGGCACCCCUUCAGCCUGGGCAGUCCCCGCAGAAGGCAGCCCUAACCUGGGCCCCCCCGAGGCCCGGCCCGCCAGGGGUCCUCCCCCAGCCACCCUGGAGCCCCGGAUCGUGAUGGGCGAGGAGACCCUCCGGGUGCCCCUGCUGCCCAGGGCAGCCCUGCCAGAGCUCAGGGACCGGGAGGGUGGGCACCCCAGCCUGAACCCACCCCCCGCGUUGUGUUCUCAGGGUGACCCUCCUGUGCCUUGCCCUGUCCCAGACCCUGAGUCCUACUUCACGCCGCCCUCCACCCCCACCGAGACCGCCUCUGCCCUGCUCCUUGGCCCCGGGCCCCGCAGGGAUGCCCGGGACGCCCCGGCGGAGCCAGGGGACUCGCCACCUGCCUCGCCCUCGGGCUCUUAUAUCACGGCAGAUGGGGACAGCUGGGCCUCGUCCCCGUCCUGCUCCCUGAGCCUGCUGGCCCCGGCCGAAGGGCUGGAUGUCCCCUCGGGCUGGGGCUUCUCCCCACAGGGGUCUGUGGCAGAUGAGCAGGAGCUGCCCUACACGGGGCCCCCCGGCCCCCCAUCCCCGGAGUCCAGCAUCUCAGCCGACAGCAGCUCUUCCUGGGGCCAGGAGGCCCAUUUCUUCGAGCUGGACUUCCUGGCCAACGACCCCAUGAUCCCCGCCGCCCUCCUGCCCUUCCGGGGCAGCCUCAUCUUCCAGGUGGAGGCCGUGGAGGUGACACCAAGGGCCCCCGAGGAGGAGGAAGAGGAGGAACAGGAGGAGGAAGAGGCCUCUGUCCCUGGAGGGGAUGCUGCUGGGGAGGGCGAGGACGACAGCACGUUCGCCUCCUCCCUGCAGUCCCUGUCCGAUCUCUCCAUCACCGAGGGCAUGGACGAGGCCUUUGCCUUCCGGGACGACACCUCAGCGGCCUCCUCCGACCCCGACUCAGCCUCCUACGCGGGGGCAGAUGACGAGAGGCUGUACAGCGAGGAGCCCCACGCACGGCCCGCGGACCUGCUCCACGACAGCCCUGGCGAGCCUGCUCCCGCGAUCUGCGAGGAAGAGGCCAGCCGAGCCACCGGGCGCCAGGCCCCGGGUGCCAAGGUCGCCGGGCCAGGCCAGGGCUCAGGCCAGGCAUGCGCUGCGGCCGAGGCCCCUCACACCCCGCAGGAAGCCCCGGAUCUCACGGGGGUGACCACUCAGGCCUGGGGGCAGGCGCUGGGCUCCAUUCUGGGUCGGGGGCCUGCUGCCGCGGGCGAAGCUCAGUCCCUGCAGGGGGAUGAGCACACGGCCUUAGGCCCAGAGCCCCAGACUGCCCCAGCAGUGGGGGCCCUCCCACCAAGCCCCGACUCUCUGCAGCACCUGGAGAGACGGGCGGGCCCAGACCCUGGGUCUGCGGCCCCGCCCCUACCCCUGCAGGUCGCGGGCUUCCCCUUGGGCCGGGGACCCGCCGCUGAGGCCAAGCUCCAGACCUGCAGACGGAUGCAGGCUGCACACCAUGGAUGGAGCCUGUGGCCACUGCAGCCCGGCAGGAAGGACAAAACACCCAGAGCCUUCUACGGAGGCCUCAGAACACCCGGAGCCUUCCAUGGAGGCCCAGAACACUUGGAGCCUGCCACCAAGACCCUAGAACUCCUGGAGCUUUCCAUGGAGGGCCCAGGACACCCGGAACCUGCCAUGGAGGCCUCAGAACACCCAGAGCCUGCUAUCGAGGCCCUAGAACACCCAGAGCCUUCCACGGAGGCCUCAGAACACCCGGAGCCUUCCAUGGAGGCCCCAGAACACUUGGAGCCUGCCACCAAGACCCUAGAACUCCUGGAGCUUUCCAUGGAGGCCCCAGGACACCCAGAACCUGCCAUGGAGGCCCCAGAACACCCAGAGCCUGCUAUCGAGGCCCUAGAAUGCCCAGAGCCUUCCAUGGAGGCCCCAGAACAUCCAGAACCUGCCACGGAGGCCUCAGAACACCCGGAGCCUGCCACCGAAGCCCUAGAAUGCCUGGAGCUUUCCAUGGAAGCCCCAGAAUACCCAGAACCUGCCAUGGCGACCCCAGAACACCCGGAGCCUGCCACCAACACCCUAGAACUCCUGGAGCUUUCCAUGGAGGCCCCAAGAUACCCAGAACCUGCCACGGAGGCCCCAGAACACCCGGAGCCUUCCACUGAGGCCCUAGAACGCCUGGAGCUUUCCAUGGAGGUUCCAGAACACCCAGAACCCGCCAUGGAGGCCCCAGAAUGCCCAGAGCCUGCUACCAAGGCCCUAGAAUGCCUGGAGCCUUCUAUGGAGGCCCCAGAACAUCCAGAACCUGCCAUGGCAGCCCCAGAACACCUGGAGCCUGCCACUGAGGCCCUAGAAUGCCUGGAGCUUUCCAUGGAGGCCCCAAGACACCCAGAACCUGCCACGGAGGCCCCAGAAUGCCCAAAGCUUGCCACUGAGGCCCUGGAAUGCCUAGAGCUUUCCAUGGAGGCCCCAGGACAUCCGGAAUCUGCCACGGAGGUCCCAGAAUGCCCAGAGCCUGCCACCGAGGCCCUAGAAUGCCUGGAGCUUUCCAUGGAGGCCCCAAGACACCCAGAAUCUGCCACGGAGGCCCCAGAAUGCCUAAAGCCUGCCACGGAGGCCCUAGAAUGCCUGGAGCUUUCCAUGGAAGCCCCAGGACACCCAGAACCUGCCAUGGAGGCCCCAGAAUGCACAGAGCCUGUCACUGAGGUCCUAGAAUGCCUGGAGCCUUCCACGGAGGCCUCAGAACAUCCAGAACUUGCCAAAGAGGCCCCAGAAUGCCCGGAGCCUGCCACCAAGGCCCUAGAACAUCCAGAGCCUUCCGUGGAGGCCCUAGAACACCCGGAGCCUGCCACUGAGGCCCUAGAACACCUGGAGCCUUCCAUGGAGGCCCCAGAACAUCUAGAACCUGCCACAGAGACCUCAGAAUGCCCAGAGCCUGCCACCAAGGCCCCAGAAUACCUGGAGCCCACCAUCAAGGCCCUAGAAUGCCUGGAGCCUUCCAUGGAGGCCCCAGGACACCUAGAACCUGCCACGGAGGCCCCAGAAUGCCCAGAGCCUCCCACCGAGGCCCUAGAACAUCCAGAGCCUUCCAUGGAGGCCCCACAACAUCCAGAACCUGCUACCAAGCUCCAAGAACAUCCAGAACCUGCCGCGGAGGUCCCAGAAUGCCUGGAGCCUGCCACUGAGGCCCUAGAACAUCCAGAGCCUUCCAUGGAGGCCCCACAACAUCCAGAACCUGCUACCAAGCUCCAAGAACAUCCAGAACCUGCCGCGGAGGCCCUAGAACAUCCAGAGCCUUCCAUGGAGGCCCCAGAACAUCCAGAACCUGCUACCAAGGCCCUAGAACAUCCAGAGCUUUCCAUGGAGGCCCCAGAACAUGCAGAACCUGCUACCAAGGCCCUAGAACAUCCAGAGCUUUCCAUGGAGGCCCCAGAACAUCCAGAACCUGCUACCAAGGCCCUAGAACGUGCAGAACCUUCCAUGGAGGCCCCAGAACAUCCAGAACCUGACACGGAGGCCCCAGAAUGCCCGGAGCCUGCCACCAAGACCCUAGAAUGCCUGGAGCCUUCCAUGGAGGCCCCAGGACACUCAGAACCUGCCAUAGAGGCCCCAGAAUGCCUGGAGCCUAUCACCAAGACCCUAGAACGUCCAGAGCCUUCCAUGGAGGCCCCAGAACAUCUAGAACCUGUUAUGGAGGCCCCAGAACACCCGGAGCCUGCCACAGAGGCCCCAGAACACCCGGAGCCUGCCACCGAGGCUCUAGAACAUCCAGAGCCUUCCACGGAGGCACCAGAAUAUCCAGAAUCUGCCAUGGAAGCCCCAGAACAUUCGGACCCUGCCAUGGAAGCUCCAGAACAUCCAGAACCUGCCACAGAGGCUCCAGAAUGCCUAGGGCCUGCCACAGAGGCUCCAGAAUGCCUAGAGCCUGCCACGGAGGCCCCAGAACAUCCAGAACCUGCCACGGAGGCCCCAGAACAGCUAGCGUCAGCCCCAGAGGUCCCGGAGUGCCCAGGGGCUGCGGCGGAAGCCCGGGACCCACCGAAGGCUGCCUCUGCCCGGGAGGAAGCAGCGGAGGGUCCCCCGGCGCCCGAGCAGGGAAGCCGUCCCGGUGCCCGUUCCAGGGGCGCGCGGCCUGGAGCCGGUCCCCCAGGGAGCCGGGAAGGCUGCGGGGCAGCGUGGCCCGGGGGCGCAUCCCACGGCUUGGCCCCGGUGUCCCGGCGCUGCGGAGGUGGGGCCGAGGCCGGAGGGCGGCUGCCGCCCAGAGCCAGUGCCCAGCCCGCCCGCAGCCUCCGGGCAGGAGCCCGCGCCAGGCUCUGGCGGCGGGGAGAGGGCACGGGGGAUCCGCGGGAGCCCCGGGGCGGCAGCGCGGUUGCCAGAAGCCCCAGCCGGGCCCUGGCCCGCGAGCCCUGCACCCCCGGGGGCCCCGCAGAGGCAGCCCUGAGCCCCGGGGUCCUCGGCGCCUCCUGCCCCUGCCGGGGCCUCAGGGAAGACUCGGAGGCCGGGGAGCCCCUGGCGGGCACCCCGCAGGCACCAGCCGCCCUCUCAGGGACCCCGGGACCUCUCGGGGCUGGGCCGAGGGGGGGCCUCCCACCCCCUGCCGCCCUCCCUGGCCCCAGGAUAGCCCCGGCGGGGGACACCCAUGCCAAAGACCGGGCCUGGCGGACCGCGCCCCCCUGCCAAGUGCCUCCUGGGCCUCGGGGCCCCCCCGCCACCAGGCAGCAGGCUGACCAGGACAGCCCAGAGGAAGACUCGCCCCCCAGGGCCCCAGGAUCCGGCCCGCACUCGGACAGCCAUGGGGAGUCGUCAGCAGAGCCGGAGGAGCACGACGCCUCGGGGGUACAGCCGGCGCAGUGCCCAGCCCAGGCACCCGCAACCGGUGGCAGCGAAGAGACCGUGGCCAAAGCCAAGCAGAGUCGCAGUGAGAAGAAGGCCCGGAAGGCGAUGUCCAAGCUGGGCCUGCGGCAAAUCCAGGGGGUCACCAGGAUCACCAUCCAGAAGUCCAAGAACAUCCUGUUUGUCAUCGCCAAGCCCGACGUCUUCAAGAGCCCAGCCUCCGACACCUAUGUGGUCUUCGGGGAGGCCAAGAUCGAGGACCUGUCGCAGCAAGUGCACAGGGCUGCUGCCGAGAAGUUCAAGGUACCCACUGAGCCAUCAGCCCUGGUGCCUGAGUCUACGCCGGGGCCGCUGCGGAGGCCAGAGGAGGAGGAGGAGGAGGAGGAAGAGGAGGAGGAGGUGGAUGAGGCGGGCCUGGAGCUCCGGGACAUCGAGCUGGUGAUGGCACAAGCCAACGUGUCGAGGGCCAGGGCUGUGCGGGCUCUGCGGGACAACCAGAGUGACAUCGUCAACGCCAUCAUGGAGCUCACCAUGUAGCUGCGACCGCCACCCACCGCUACCGACUGCCACCGACCACCGGCCCUGUCCCCGCCCCCGGCUCUGCUGCUCAAUAAACGGGUGUGUCCC